AUGAUGAAGGAAGAUUUAUCGGCUGAUACCGAAGGUCGAUUACUUAGAAAUAAUCUUUAUGAUAAUACAUUAACUACUCCAAAGAUAAUUCCAAUUACAACUAAACAUGGUUAUGUUUCAGUAACACAACAAGGUUUACCUAAUCGCACAGCAAUCGUUACUUAUCAUGAUCUAGGACAUAAUUCUGCAUCACAAUUUCAUGAUUUUUUUGCUAUGCCAGACAUGAUACCGAUUACAGCACAUUUUACUAUUUAUCAUAUUAAUGCACCAGGACAAGAAGAUAUUGCUAAUCCAUUACCAACUGCAUCGAUUUAUCCUACGUUAGAUCAAUUAGCAGACACAGUUAAUGAUGUAUUUGAUUAUUUAAAUAUUAAAUCAGCUAUUGGAUUUGGUGUUGGUCUUGGUGCAAAUAUUUUAGUUCGUUUUGCAUUGAAAUAUUCAUCAAAAAUCAAUGGUCUUAUUUUGGUUAAUUGUAGUACACGUGGUGUUGGAUGGCUCGAAGGUUUUUCUCUUAAAUGGCCAACAAAAGAUAUACCAGAACAACGAUGGACUGAAUCUUUAUUGAAUUAUUUGAUAUGGCAUCUUAUAGGUUCUACAAGUGAAUCAACACAAUAUGAAUUAGCUAAUGAUCUUCGAGAUCAUUUAGAAAAUAAUUGUAAUGUUAGGAAUGUGAUUAAACUUCUUAAUUCAUAUUUAAAACGUACAGCUAUUCUAAUUGCACAAUCGAAUAAAAAAAUGAAGCCAUCUCAAAGUUUACAAUGCUCAGUUAUUAAUAUAACUGGAUCUUCAUCACCCCAUAAAGAUGAUGUUAUCGAUACGAAUAAUCAAUGUGAUUCAGCUACAACUUCUUAUGUUGAAUUUAGUGAUUGUAGUGGAGCUGUAUUAGAUGAAAAACCAGCAAAACUUGCUGAAUCUAUUCGACUUUUUCUUCAAGGUCUUGGUUAUAUAUCUCAUUUAAGCAUUCCACAAUAUUCAAUUUCAAAUCGUUUAGCUGAACAGACAGCUGAUUAUAAACGCCAACAUGGUUCUUUUUCUAAAGUACCACGUCGUGUUAGUACACAAAUUGAUUCCGGACAUUAUAUUAACGAUGAUCCAACUGAUUUUGAAGAGGAACUUCAAUCUCCCACGAUUUAA